AGUACAGAGACAACGAAAUGCAAUUUAUUUCAAUAAAUGAAAAUAAUAUUGCGUUAGGCAGUAACUGAAUUUUAUACUAACAAUCAUUUCUGUACAUUAGAAAUUCUCCAAUCCUUUGUGUUUUUACCUCCCCACACAGUAGCCCACUCCUUUUUAGAUACAAAACUAAAAAGAAAAGUAGAUCAGCAUAUAUGAUGAAAGAUAAAUAAGAUCCUUCCCCAUUUUAGCCAGUACGUACAGCAGGCUUCUAAAACUCAUAGAUCCAGCAUUGUCCUCUCCCCCCCUCUAUGUCUCCUCUAUUUACAGGUCCUCCAGACAGGCCUUCAUCUGUCCUUACAUUUGUGCCAUUCACUCUCUUGAUCUUCACUCCACUGUAGUGUCUGUUUUCUCCGUUCCUCCUUCUUUGUUAAGGCUUGUCCCACUUUCGCGAUUUUUUAGGCCACUACAGGGGACUAGUCUGUCGCCACAUGGUCGCUGGGGUGUUGCCUGUCUGGCUGUGAGUGGUCUCCUCAGUCCCCCAAAGAGUCGUAGCAUCUUUCUGGCCGCUGCUGGAUUUUCAAAAUGUUCAAAAUUUUUUAGUGACAGUGGAUUUGACACCAAUGAGCGUAGCACGACUUCUCCUGACGUAGCUUGUCGCCGGGUAACGUAGGUUGUCGCCGGUGCUGACGUUGGUGAAUUCCAUUGGCGACUACCUACGUCAAUCUACGUCAACCGGCGAUAGGUCAAGAGAAGUCAAUUGGCAACAGGCAUUGGGAAAACCCGUCCACAGAAAUCAAGUUACAACAGCCAGUCACGAUGCUGAUGAAUGAAGUCCAUCCACGCCUAUAUCGGCGAUAAUCUACGACCAGACCGGCCACAAGCUACCACCAGACCGGAGACAACCUACGACAGCUGGCGACCAUCGGCAACAAUUGACGCAACUUACUCUGCCAGGCUAGGACAGUGACGCCUCCGUGGGGAUCGCUCCAGGCGACUAUAGUGUGCGGACAUUGUGCAUUUUGUGUUGGGGACAUUGGACAGUGCAACAUGUCUCUAAGGAGAAGGAAGGGGCAUCCCGUUCGCAAGGCCCAACCCCCAUCCCCACUCUCCAGGCAGGUGGAGACUGAUGAGUCCCAGGAGGAGGAGGAGGACGAGGCCCAGGAGGAGACCAGGGAAGUGGCCCGUGUCCCCAUCACCGCCCCAGCACGGACUGGCCGCCCUGCCAAGACUCCAGGUACCGUUACUGCUGACCCAGACUCACUAUCAGACGAGGACACUGAUGCCUCAAGUGUGUCUAAUGUGUCCACUGUCCAGGAGGAGGUGAAGAAGCGCAGGAGACCCAAUGCAGCUCAUAAGUUCAGCUGGGAAGAAGAAGGAGAGCUGGUCGAGUGGUAUCAGUCAAACCCAGAGUUGUAUGACAAGAACCACCAACAUUUUAGAAACAAGGACAGGAAGAACUCACUACUUAAUACCAAGGCCAAGGAGUUCCCUGACUGCACCUAUGAGCGACUGAAUCUGUUUUUCAAAAGCCAGAGAACAAGAUAUAGCCAUCUGACUCAGGGUCAGAACAAGUCAGGGUCUGGUGCCAAAUACUUAACCCACAGAGAGCAGUGGAUCGUCGACAAAUGGAGCUUUAUCAAGCCACAUAUAGUAAGAGUGGAGAGCAGACAGAACAACAAGAAGAAGCCACUGCCCAGUGUGUCCAGUGAAGAGGAGUUUGAUCCACUUGAGGGAAACUCUGGAUCCACCCCCUCCGCCAGUCAGCAGCACAGCAAGAGGAGCAGGACCACUGCCAACUCCACUGCAGGCUCCACCCUAACAGCAAUUGAGGUAGAAGAGAGAGAGGCAAGUCAGCAGCUGAUCAAGUCGCUCAUGCAACAGGCAACAGAGGCCAGGGAGGCCAGACUGGCCAUGACACAGCCCCAGACACCUCAUGAGAGGGCUGUUGACACCUUCCUGGGAUUCCUAAAGACUGAGGUGCUCAAGAUACCAGAGAACAUAUGGUUCGACUACACCAUGGCUGCCAUGAAGGUGGCCCAUAACUUCUCCCAGCCGACUCAGCAGCAGAGGGGACACAUGGGACAGCUGUAGGAGAGGCUUUUAUAGGAGUCUUCGGAUGCCAGGUAGCAGCGGAGGGUGAUGAUGCUAGGCGCAGGCCUGGUUCCUGUAGAUUCCUCAUGAAGGUCUCCUUUUUCUCCAGGAGAGGGGCCACCCGUGUCUACAGCUCCUGAAACAGCUCAGAGGGGAGCCUAGUGAAGUUUCUGAAGGCUGCCUCAUCUUCUUGCUGGUGCUCAGUCAUCAGGUUGUCAUACUGGCCCAACCUGGGUCUCCUCAUCGACAAGGGCUUCAGCCACACUUCUUCUUCCCCAUUCUUCCUGUCCUUUAGUCUUGCUGAUCUUUAAGCAUGAGGGCUGCUGCAAGCAGCAAGGCUCCUUCUUCUUGUGAGAGCAAUGCCCUCUGAUGUUGCCCCAUGGUAGUCAUGAUGCUGAAUGAUUGGAAACCAUACCCUACAACCCCUUUUCUAGGAAAACUGGGUGAUUCCAUUGUUUUGGAGACCAAAAUGACGUGAAUUGUCUUCAGUGGUCGCCGACAGGGUCGUAGGUUGACUUCGGUUGUCGUAGGUUGUCAUAGGUUGUCAUAGGUUGUUGUAGGUGUAGUUGUAGGUGGACGUCCUAAGUAGUGACGAUUGGGUCGCCGAUUGCUUGACGUCGACUAGGUGGUAGGUUGUUGUAGCUUGUCAUAGACAUUGUCGUAGAGGUGUCCAGUCGCCAGUCUGUGGCGAUCUGCUACGACUAUGACAGUCGCCUAAGUGGGACUGGCCCUUACUAACUCAUCCUUGUUCUGCUGAAAAGUCAUCAACCUGAACACUUAUGUUUAAGAAGGAACUGCAGAUGCUGGAAAAUCGAAGGUAGACAAAAAUGCUGGAGAAACUCCACGGGUGAGGCAGCAUCAAUGGAGUGAAGGAAAUAGGCAACGUUUCGGGUCGAGACCCUUCUUUGCCUAUUUCCUUCGCUCCAUAGAUGCUGCCUCACCCGCUGAGUUUCUCCAGCAUUUUUGUCAACCUGAACACUUACCUCUGUUUUUCCAUUCACGAUACUGCCUGAUCUGCAAAAUAUAACCAGCAUUUUCUGUUUUUAUUUCUUUAUUGCUUAUUCUAUUACACAUCCGCAAACUGGCCAAUGCAGUUUGAAAGUCAGUUGAUUAAAGCUUAAUGCUUUGUGACAUUAUAAACUUGGGCAGCCCAGUGGCGCGACUAGUAGUUAUACCUCACAGCUCCAGUGAUCUGGAUUCAACCCAGACCUCCAGUGCCCGGUGGAGUUUGCACAUUCUCCCUGUGACAUGUUUAUAAUAUUCUCAAUAUUAUAAACAGAGGUUAUUGCUUACAAUUUUUUAAUGAUGUUUUUGAGAGUUUGUUUAGUCAUUAUUGGUUAAAACUAAAAAAAAAAAAAUAAAGCCUGACCAUUCUUUAUUCCCUUUCAUGGACUGAAUGGCCUUCUAGAGUAUUUUAUAGAACAAGUAAGAGUCAACCACUUUUUUGUGGGUCUGAUGUUGCAUAUAGGCCAGUCCAGGUUAGAAGAACAGUCCACUCUAGAGGUUAUUAGAGAGAGGGUUUUCUAUAAAAGAUGCAUUAUGGAUUUAAUUAGUCAGUAGGCAUCCCUCACUGUAUAAUAUUAUUGUAAUGCCAUAUUAUAAGGCAUCUCAAAUACAGUAAAAUAGAUAAGAAUAACUUUGUUAUAAAUGCAGAGCUAUUGUAAGGAAGCUGCAUUCUUCUGGACCCAAGCCUGAAAUUGACAAGAAGCUACUACUGGCCUCAAGAGGUUAUGAGCAGCAGUUUCAUGGGUUGAUUAUAUUGGCGAGAUAGAAUUGUUGAUGGUCUGAAACUGUUCAGGACUCAAUACUCCAUUUUAAUUUGUCUGUAAUCUAAAUUGGUCAUAUGAUGAUGUCAGUGCCUUUGUUAUUAAAAUUAAUGGCCUUUGCAUUGUUGAAACCAGAAUCACUUAUAACAGGUCUGCUGACAGGGGAACUGCUUGUAAUGGUUCCUUAACCGAUAGACUCGGUCCUCCAUCAUUUACUUGCAUGGCAUUGAUGUCUGAUGAUCUCAUCCGGAAUUAAUCAAUUUAAAUACGAAGGUUAUCCUGUUCAGCUGUGUGUCACAUCUGUCUGCCCCAGCCAAACAAAACUAUAGGAAACUGCUAGAUGAGUCAUACCCAAAAUAUUACAUUUUGCCGAAUUUGGCCAUUCUGCUUUGGAAUCAAAUAACAAUUUACUCUGAUCUGCUUAUGCUACUGUGAAUCAGUUGCAGAAUGUUGCAUCUCUCUUUGGGCUCGCUCACAGUUAACAUACAGGAUCGAUUCAGGCUCAUCCGAUUGCUUGGCCUCUCUUACCUGGAGACAUUUGCCACAGCUGAUCCCUCAACAAGUUCGAGGACCAAGGCUCCCUUCUUUCUCCCAGCAUCAGCAGUUAUAGGUCCAGUUCAUUCGUGGUUUUAGAACCCGGGUUUGAUUUCUUAAACAUACAUAUACAUCGAUUUUGUAUUUACCGUUAAUUAAUUGUCUGUGAAAACAAUUUAUUACAUUGAAAAGGACACAGGUGUUGGAAAAAUGGUGUUGGCAGCAUGGAAACCGUGACAUUACAGGUUGGAUCUGAAGGAGGGUCCAGACCAGAAACAUCACAUAACCACAUUUUCCAGGGAUUCUGCUUGACCCUUUGAGUUACUCCAGAACUGUGUGUUAUUUUUAUAAACCAACAUCUGCAGUUCCUUGUUUCCACUUUAAUACACUAAAAGUUGUAUUAGGAAUAGUCAGGCAGAAUGAAGAAGGGUUCUUGUGCAUGAAAGAGUUGAUGAAUUGAGCUGGUGAUUACCAUUUUGAAAACCCCAUUAAAAUUGCCUUCCAAAUUUAUUGCAGUUUGUUUAGUUCAAUUGAUGAAGAAAAAGUACUAAAUUUAGAAUCACGGUUUACUUUGCACACAAUAUUUACGAGUGUAAUCUUUCAAUAGACAAUAGGUGCAGUAAGCCAUUCGGCCUCUCGAGCCAGAACCGCCAUUCAAAGUGAUCAUGGCGGAUCAUCCACAAUCAGUACCCCGUUCCUGCCUUCUCCCCAUAUCCCUUGACUCCGCUAUCUUUAAGACCUCUGUCUAGCUCUCUCUUGAAAGCAUCCAGAGAACCAGCCUCCAACGCCCUCCGAGGCAGAGAAUUCCACAGACUCACAAAUCUGUGUGAAAAAGGUUUUUCAUAUCUCCAUUCUAAAUGGCUUACCCCUUAUCCAUAAACUCUGGCCCCUGGUUCUGGACUUCCCCCAACAUCGGGAACAUGUUUCCUGCCUCUAGCAUGUCCAAACAUCUUACAUGUUUCAAUAAGAUACCCGCUCAUCCUUCUAAAUUCCAGUGUGCACAAGCCCAGCCGCUCCAUUCUAUCAACAUUUGACAGUCCCGCCAUCCCAGGAAUUAACCUGGUGAACCUACGCUGCACUCCCUCAAUAGCAAGAAUGUACUUCCUCAAAUUGGGAGACCAAAACUGCACACAAUACUCCAGGUGUGGUCUCACUAGGGCCCUGUACAACUGCAGGACCUCUUUGCUCUGAUACUCAACUCCUCUUGUUAUGAAGGCCAACAUGCCAAUUGCUUUCUUUACUGCCUGCUGUACCUGCAUGCUUACUUUCAUUGACUGAUGAACAAGGACCCCCCCAGAUCCCGUUGUACUUCCCUUUUUCCCCAACUUGACACAAUUUAGAUAAUAAUCUGCCUUCCUGUUUUUGCCACCAAAGUGGAUAACCUCACAUUUAUCCACAUUGCCCACUCACCCAACCUGUCCAAGUCACCCUGCAUCCUCAUAGCAUCCUCUUCAGUUUACACUGCCACCCAGCUUUGUGUCAUCUGCAAAUUUGCUAAUGUUACUUUUAAUCCCUUCAUCUAAAUCAUUAAUGUAUAUUGUAAGUAGCUGCGGUCCGAGCCUUGCGGUACCCGACUAGUGACUGCCUUCCAUUCUGAAAGAGACCCGUUAAUCCCUACUCUUUGUUUCCUGUCUGCCAACCAAUUUUCUAUCCAUGUCAGCAAUCUACCCCCAAUACCAUGUGCCCUAAUUUUGCCCACUAAUCUCCUAUGUGGGACCUUAGCAAAUGUUUUUUUGAAAGUCCUAUAUCUACUGGCUCUCCCUUGUCCAUUUUCCUAGUUACAUUCUCAAAAAAAUUCCAGAAGAUUAGUCAAGCAUGAUUUCCCCUUCGUAAAUCCAUGCUGACUCGGACCGAUCCUGCUACUGCUAUUCAAAUGUGCCGCUAUUUCAUAUUUUAUAAUUGACUUCAGCAUCUUCCCCACCACUGAUGUCAGGCUACCUGGUCUAUAAUUUCACAUUUACCGACAGGGACUCAAUUCAACAACACCUCUCGUAGUAUUGUAAUCCUUCAGUAUUGCACUGUAGAGCUCACUUAGAUCCAUGAACUCAAGGGUCUCGAGUAAGCCUUGAACUAAUAACUCGAUGACGCAGAACCAAGUACUAUAAAUUGGGCCAACAACAUGAGGAAGUUUAGGAUUAAGUGGAAGGUAGACACAAAAAGCUGGAGUAACUCAGCGGGACAGGCAGCAUCUCUGGAGAGAAGGAAUGUGUGACAUUUCGGGUCGAGACCUUUCUUCGCAGUGGAUCAGUCAAAAUCAUUGUAUGUGGUAAAACCUGUAGUGUUUGUCUGUAUAUUUUAUCAUGUUCUUAUAAAACCUGUAUCUUUCACAGUAUUGAGUCCUUGUCUCUUACAAUUAGUUUAAGCAUCUUUUUAAUUAAUUGUCUUCAAUGUUGCCUGAUAUAAAGGGCGAACCUUUAACCUACCUGCAGAAAUCUAGAUAACAUAGUCAGUGUUGUGUAAUCAGUUUGGAAAUGGUACAUUAGAUCAUGAUUUAUUCAUUUAAUUUUCUUCACAUUUAACCUGUUUUGGGGACAAGGUAAUGAAUCCUAUGCAUGUCAAAGACAGGCUCUUAUUUGGGGCUCAUUAAAUUCUUCAUGUCACU